AUGCCCAUUUGCAUCGAAUGCUCCUAUCCGGUCUCGCACCUGUACAGCACCUACAGUCGGGCCGAUGACCGCUCGCUGGGGAAGGGCGUGCGAUUGACGCAAUGUCCACGCUGCAAGCGCUUCGCCGACAAAUACGUCGAGCAUGACUUUGUCGUGAUAUUUAUCGAUCUGGUCUUGAUCAAACCGCAGGUUUAUCGCCAUUUGCUCUUCAACCGGCUCGGCCGAGACGACAACAAGUUUGAUCGCUCUAUUAUCCGCCUCGGAAUCCUCCUGCUCCUCUUUGACGUCUAUCUGACCUGGGCCCGCAUCGAGAAAUCCCCCUCACUCGCUUCGACGUUUCUGUCGCGCGCCCCGAUUGUCGUCCAAUACCUCUUUUUCCUGAGCCUGAACGCGCUUACCACCCUCGCUCAUCACCUUACCGUCCGUCUGCUGGCGUCUGUUCUGGCCCCGAAACCCCGCCAGUGGUAUGAUGGACCAGCACCACCAGCAGCAACCACCGCGACUACUACCACAACGAAUGGAAGUACGGUCGAGACCCCCCUCGCUUCAGACCCGUCGACGCCGGUGCUCCCUUUGUUCCCUGCGUGUUCCUCCUCCGUAAGCCUGCCGACACAACAGCUUUGGAGGACGCCCAGCUUCUCGACGAGUCCUACCAGACCUAUUUCGACUAUUUCGAACGAAAACAUUGAGAAUGGAAAUACAGCGGCGGCAGCAGCAGCAACGCUCAGUCCCGGCGCCCAGCUUCCUCCCCCCACCACUCCUCUGGGAUCGCAUUCGCCGACGUUUGGCCCUCGCCGUCCUUCUGCCGCGCUGAUCCAGCCCGUCCGCCCGCUCCCGCCCCCGUUCCCCGCCAGCCCGACGGCCAUCAGCACCGCUCUUCUCGUCAGCAGCUCUGCGAAGCUCUUCCCUAUCCUCCUUGUCAUCUGGGGACCGGACGGGAGUGGGAAUAGUAUGCAGGUAACCAAGUCAUCAACGGCAGUGCCCGAUCUGGCGGCUCCCAUGUCUACUGCCCCGGUAACUACGGCGGUAACGACGAUGGCAAACAUGCUUCUUUCAAGCGCCACGUCGAAACACACAGCCGCCGCCGCCGCGAGUGCCAUUCCUGGCAGCCAUUCUAGUCUGUCGUCGUCGUCGUCGUCCCCGUCUUCCUCCUCGUUCUCCGUCUUCGAAUGGCCCGCCAAACUGGCCCUGUCGAUGCACGACUCCCCCUCCACGCCGAUCAAGUACCUGGCUAGUCUGGUCCAGCUGCUUGUGCCCGCCCUGUCGCUCAGCGCGGCAGACACGCACCUCGUCUUUCUGAACAAUAUCGAGGCCAUGUACAUCCUGCUGGGAUGCGGGUAUCUGCGGGCCGUGGCACUCGCGGUGGCCGGCCAAGUUGCGCGGUGGGCGGUUCAGAGAGUCAUCUUGGGGGCUGUGGGAGUCAGCUAA